AUGCAGUCGGUGACAUACCCCAUUGGGGCACAAGGCCUAUACGACAGCUUCAGCCCGACUCAGCGUUAUCUCUCCCACGGCCGAUGGCACAAGGCUUCACUAUUCGUGCCUUGGUGCGCGCUUAUGACCCCUCCAAUCGGCCGAGCUGUCGGCUCUUUCACAGGCAUAUCACCACAGAACCAGGGAUGCUCCGCAAGGAGCUGUGACCACUGUGCGUUGGCGUAUUGCGCAGCUCUUGUCCUGAAGAGCUUGGUCUACGGCUGGAGCAGGAGUGUGGAUUCAUUCACGCGGUUGCAGACCAUUGAGGACUCCGAGGCGUGGACAAGUGUGGUCCUCUGCUCCGUGUGGACUUACGCAUGGCCUGCCACACCGAGGACGGGUGGCCCAUAUGCUGACUGGCUCAGGAGGGGUGAGACCAGAGGAUCCAUUGCGAAACUUACCAUAUCGGGCAAAUUGGCAUCUCGGCAUCUCUGGCGAAGGUACGGCGCAGCAUGCGACGACGACACUUUCAUUCCUCUCUGGGGCAUGCGUUUGCGGUCGGCCUCCUUGUCCCGGUUCGUCUCCUUCAACCGGGACUUCUCUCCUGCCCAGGCUGCCCUCGGCUGA